UACUGUAGUUGAAGUUGUAUUCCAUUUCCUGUUAUCUCUGUCAUAGACCUAGAUCUCAGUCCCCUUAUCGAGAUCUGUUGAACUGAGGAACGCGAGGUAAAUCGUUAAGACACUACAAAUGACUGUUACUGUCCGUCAGAGAUGCAGUGCGGACUUAGAACUUUGUCAAUGAGUAAGUGUUUGUCUCUUAGCUACCACUACUGUCAUGUGCAAGUUACGUUGUAGACCGAACUUCAAAGUCACAUUUUAGGUAGGUAGACGCGAAAAUGCCGCUGCAAGAGGCCACGGAGAAGGAAUCGUUGAAUUUUAAUCAACUGUGCACGUUUGAGAGCUUCGAGGAAGUUUGGAGUCAUUACGGUUAUAAAAGUGGCUUCAAAGACGUAAUAGAACGGGAGUUCUCAAGGACUAAAGGCAUUACAUACCUGGAUCAUGCUGGAACAACGCUAUACCCUGAGUCACUGGUGAGAGAAUUCUAUCAGGAUAUCUCCAGGAAUGUAUAUGGCAACCCUCACAGCCAUAACCCCAGCAGUAGACUGACGCAUGACACAGUAGAGCAUGUCAGAUACAGGAUAUUGCAGCAUUUUAACACCACUCCUGACAAAUACUCUGUGAUUUUCACCUCUGGCUGUACGGCAGCUCUCAAAUUAGUCGCUGAGAGCUUUCCCUGGAGGCCUCCCACUGCUACGGAGCCAGCCAGUCAGUUCUGCUAUCUGACUGAUAACCAUACCUCGGUGGUCGGCAUCAGAGGAGUUACUUCAGCACUGGGAGUGGUUUCUCUACCUGUCUCCCCCAAGGAGAUAGAGGCCAGAGCCAGAGAUGUAGCCCAGAGUGAAUGCAGCAGUUGCCAGACACCACACCUCUUCUGUUAUCCAGCACAGAGCAAUUUCUCUGGCAGAAAGUACUCCCUGGGGUACGUGAGGGGCAUCCAGGCGAGGAAGCUCUACCCAGCGUGUGACAGCCAGGGCCGGUGGUUUGUCCUGCUGGAUGCUGCCUCUUUUGCUAGCUGCUCUCCGCUAGAUUUGCAGGAGCACCCAGCAGACUUUGUUCCCUUAUCCUUCUAUAAGAUGUUUGGCUUCCCCACAGGUUUAGGGGCUCUUCUGGUCCGGAAUGACACAGCUGCCCUCCUAAGAAAAGCAUACUUUGGUGGGGGGACAGCAGCGGCCUACCUAGCGGGGGAGAACUAUUACGUGCCAACGCCAAAUAUGGCUAACCGGUUUGAAGAUGGCACCGUCUCUUUCCUGGACGUCAUUGCUCUAAAUCAUAGUUUUGAUGCUCUACACAAACUCACAGGAGGCAUGGACAAGGUCCAGCUGCAUACAUUUGGUUUAGCACGCUAUACUUACAUGUUGCUGUCUAGCCUUUGCCAUGGCAACGGACAACCAGUUGCUCAGAUAUACUCCGACAGCGAGUUUGAGAACCCGAGCAUGCAGGGAGCCAUCCUCAACUUCAACUUGACGGACUGUCACGGACAAAUAGUUGGAUACUCUCAGGUGGACAAGCUGGCUAGUCUUUUCAAUAUCCAUGUGCGGACAGGUUGCUUCUGCAACACCGGUGCCUGUCAGCUCUUCCUUGGCACCACCAAUCAAGACGUGAAGAGCAACCUACAGGCGGGUCAUGUCUGUGGAGACGACGUAGACCUGGUUGAUGGUCGUCCAACAGGAUCUGUGCGCGUAUCCUUCGGCUACAUGUCAACCUUCCAGGACUGCCAAAACUUCUUGAACUUCGUCGUGGAGUGCUUUGUGGAGAAACCAGUCGAAGUGGACCAAGUGAAACUAGACAGACUGAAAUCGAACACCUCUUCUAAAGGUUCCAGUCCGUGUCUGCUUACUAUGCUUACCAAUGGGAAACCUAAACACAUAGACAAUGGAGAGCAUGCCGCUACAGAACCAGUUGUGAACGAAUAUGGAGGCAAGGCCAUCACCAAGGAAGCAAAGAGCCUAGGGAAGGCCCAGUAUCUGACUAAUAUCUACAUAUAUCCAAUCAAAUCCUGUGCAGCGUUUGAGGUGACUGACUGGCCAGUGUGCCCUCUGGGACUGCUCCAUGACCGGGGCUGGAUGGUGGUGAAUGGUAAUGGAGUGUGUCUGAACCAAAAGAGAGAACCACGCUUAUGCCUCAUUCAUCCGCAGAUCUACCUGCCCUCGAACACACUGCUCCUGCAGGCCUCAGGAAUGGACACAAUUUCUGUCCCUUUGGAAAACUACAAUGAGCCACACCAGAGUCAUGGUGUGUGUCAAAGCAAGUUGUGUGGUGACAGGGUGCAAACAGUAGAUUGUGGCGAUGAAGCUGCAUCAUGGCUCUCAGAGUUCCUUGGACAGCCUUGUCGUCUGAUAAGGCAAAGUCCUGAUUUCAUUCGCAACAUGAAAAAGGGCCAUGAAAAAGGGGUCUCGUCCACUGCCCUCUCCUUGGUGAAUGAAGCCCAGUACUUAAUGAUCAACCAUGCCAGUGUUGAUUUGCUUCAGAGACACAUCACUAGCAGACAGGAAUCCUCUGACCAUCAGCCUCUUGACAUCUAUGAGCUUGUUAGUCGGUUUCGUGCCAAUUUAGUCAUCUCUGGAUUGGAGCCAUUUGAGGAAGAUGAUUGGUCACACUUGAUUAUUGGAAACACCCAUUUCCAGGUGGCAGGUCGGUGUGGCAGAUGCCAGAUGAUUGGGGUUGAUCAGAACACAGGAGCCAAGACCAAAGAGCCUCUUCUGUCUCUCUCUGCCUAUCGCAAGGGGAAGGUGACCUUUGGUGUGUACCUUGUCCACCAAUCACUGGAUGGCUCUAAUGCAACCCUAUCUGUUGGCACUCCUGUAAUGUCUCAAUGGUCAGGAUAAGGUUACCAUUUCCAGAUGUUUUUAUAUGUCUGGACUCAAAAUGAUUUUAAGCAAACAUGGUUAGGUUACCAUUUUAACUUAAAUGUUUGCAUAUUGUAGGAAGACAACCCAGGUAAUCACAGAGCUCAUACAGACCAACGUGUAAAUCAAUUACUGUACCUUUUAGUUUACAUGAUUUUAAUGUCAAAGGUUUUUGACUGCUGCUCACACCAUGGUAUUUGCCAAUAUGCAUUGCAAAGCUUUCUAAUGUGUGAUACAAACACUUAUGGAAUAUCACAUUGAUUACCUUAGACGUACUGUCACAGAAGAAUAGUUUUCUCACUUUUUGUCAGCAGCCUCACAUGAUCAAUGUCAGACUCCUUUGGAAAUGUGAACAUUUUACCUGACAGAGAGGACAUGGAAAAUACCGUUAGACUCUAUAUGAUGAACUAAAUAUUUACAGUACAAUGUAUGCUCUGAUAUAAAUGUAUCUCCAUCCUGUAGGCCAUUGACAUCUGAAUAAUUAUCAUAUUUGCCAUGUGGAGAGAGUGGUGUCAGGCACCAACACCUUUGAGAGAAUGUAUUCAUUUUAAUUAAGUAUUUUAAUGAUU